AACCUUGUUACUUUUAAUAUAAAGCUUACUUUUUAAUACAAAUUAAUCUGGAACGGGGAUUUGUCUUGGAUUCAUUUUGAUUAUACGUGUUAUUUUAUUUUGUGAAUAAAUAAAUAUGGCACCGAAGCAAAAGUUCGCUGAAGGUGAGAAAGUAUUGUGUUUUCACGGUCCUUUAAUUUACGAGGCAAAAUGUCUAAAAAGCAGCGUUACUAAGGACAAACACGUCCGUUAUCUAAUACAUUACGCAGGAUGGAACAAAAAUUGGGAUGAGUGGGUUCCCGAAAGCCGUGUAUUGAAGUAUAACGAAGCUAAUGUGCAGCGGCAGAAAGAAGUGCAGCGGGCGCAUUCAGCCCAGCCCGCAAAGACCAAGAAAACUCCGGCAAAGGGUCGUAAAUCUGAAUCAGCUGCGACUGCAACACCUGGAAAGGAGGAGGCAGCCACUCCGGCCGCGGCCACCAAGGGACGCAAGUCGGAGGCGGCACGCGACGAAUCCCGGGCUUCCACCCCUGCUGGUAAAGAUGCAGAGACCCCGGCGGCGGGCAAAGCCAGCAAGACCUCCAGCAAGGACGCGCCUGCCGACUCCGGCUCCGACCAGCCCAAGAAAAAACGCGGCCGCCUGGACUUAUCCAUCGAAUCUGAAGAGCAAUACCUAGCUAAAGUAGAAGUUAAGAUCAAAAUCCCUGAAGAACUGAAAGUCUGGCUAGUCGACGACUGGGAUGUCAUCACAAGACAGCAGAAACUGGCCAUCCUCCCGGCCAAACUCACCGUGGAACAAAUAGUCGACAACUAUCUAGCGUUCAAGAAAUCCAGCAAAACGCAUAACCAAGCGAAGGAAUCCGUCUUAGUAGAUAUUACUGAAGGUAUCAAAGAAUAUUUCAACGCUACUUUAGGAUCUCAACUCUUAUAUAAAUUUGAAAGGCCUCAAUACAGUGAGAUAUUGCAAGAAUACCCUGAUACACCCAUGGCACAAAUAUAUGGUGCUAUACAUUUGCUCCGACUAUUUUCCAAGAUGGGUCCAAUGUUGGCAUAUACAGCGCUUGAUGAAAAGUCGCUUCAACACGUUUUAACGCACAUACAGGACUUUUUGAAGUAUAUGGUGACGAAUAGAUCAACUUUGUUCAAUCUCCAAGACUAUGGUAAUGCUACGCCCGAGUACCACAGGAAGGUACAAUAGUAUUUACAUUGUAAGCCGCCUGGUUGUUUGUAAAGAAUAUAAAGAGUAGCAGAGACGAGUAAGUGAAAACGACUGCUAUUCCGCUAAUAUUCUUAAGUUGCAGUUCUUUCAAACAGAUAGAUUAAGAGCCCAUCAACGUGCACACUAGCGCCACUGCUAAAUAAUCGUGAUUAUUUAAAUUUAACGAUAGGUAUUUCAAAAAGGGGGCCGCUACGUACUGUAUUUUGUAUUUAAGUACCUUUUGAAUACAUCAAACUAGUUUUUACGUUGCUGGAUUCGUCGAUCUAAGCGUCCAAAGUUAAAACGGCCGUUUUUGUUUUGUGUUCAUAUGUGUGUGGUGGCCAAAAAUCGUGGGUUCAAACCUCAGUAGUUGUGCUGUAUAGAGCAGAAAAAAAUCGUUCUCGAAAAAAAAUGCAAAAAGAUCACUAUAAAAUCGGUCAGUACGGAUAUGAUGGUCGUUCUUGUCUACGUGACAGCGUGAUAAAACGGUGUCCGUCACUUUCUAUCUAGCGGUGUUAAAAAGUGACAGUUAUUUUAUCACGUGGAUAAAACUAUCCGUAAUACGCCUGCAGGUUCCUUAUCAGUUAUCAUACACAGACAAAAGGAUAAACUGGCGCCAAAUACUUAUGAAGUUCCCUGCCGCAUCUGUAUGUUCGCGAUAAACUCUAAAACUACUGAACGGAUUUUCAUGCGGUUUUCACCUUUCAAUAGAGUGAUUCUUGAGAAAGGUUUAGGUGUAUAAUUUGUAAAGGUAUUGUGUAAAUUGUUUGAAAACCCGUGCGAAGCCGGGGAGGGUCGCUAGUUAGAUAUACAUAUAAGUAGGAGUGAUAUUUGAAUUGAAAUAGAUAUUUGUAACCACCUUAGACGCUCCAAUAAAUAAAUAAAUACAUAUUAGGGGACAUCUUACACAAAUCAACCUAGCCCCAAACUAAGCAAAGCUUGUACUAUGGCUGCUAGGCGACGAUAUACAUACUUCACCCAUGACUCAGGAACAAAUAUUUGUGUUCAUCACACAAAUAAAUGCCCUUACCAGGAUUCGAACCCAGGACCAUCGGCUUCACAGGUAGGGUCACUACCCACUAGGCCAGACCGGUCGUCAAAUAUAA